UACAACUUUGUUAUAGACUGAUGUUUGAGGCAAACUUAUUUGCAUUUGUAAAGCACAAUGUGAAUUUGCCUUUUAAAUAAACUACACAUUCAUUUAGUGAUACACCAGGUGGACAGCUCCGAGUUUCAUGGGUCAAAGAGAUGAAGAGCAUGUAGAGCAAGAAAAUGGAGAAUUCACAGAGGCCCAUGCUUCUAUUUUUAGGGAUAUGCAUUUUCUCAUUGCAGUGGAUUCUGACCCAUGAGGAAGUCAAUGUGGCCUUAGGAGGAAUAACAACACAAUCUUCUUUAUAUCUUAACUAUUACCCUGGCUACUUUGCUAUCGAUGGCAACAGAGACUCUUACUUUAAUUCCUACUCAUGUUCCUGUACAAAUUCUGACUAUAACCCAUGGUGGAGGGUGGAUUUGUUGGCGAUGUAUGAUAUUAGCAGUGUAAUCAUCACUAACAGAGGGGACUGCUGUCCAAAACGGAUAAAUGGUGCUGAGAUUCGCAUUGGCAACUCCUUGGUCAACAACGGCAACAAUAACCCCAGAUGUGACGUUAUCUCUAGCAUCCCUGCUGGUGCCUCUGCAAAUUACACCUGCAAAAUGAGGGGUCGUUAUGUGAACAUCAUCAUUCCCAAUGUUAGCCAGUUUCUCACACUCUGUGAAGUGGAAGUCUAUGGGGUUCCAGUGCCUGUUACUAAGAGGGCAUUUCUGAGAUUAAAGUUUAACAGCAGUGAGGAUCUCAUGAACCCUACCGUGAGGGACAAAGUUCUUCAAAAGAUGAUAUCUGCGAAUGUCCAGCCAUCAGUGCUUCAUAUCCGUUGGACAAAGGAACCAGAGGUGGAAACUGAAACUUAAAGAACGGUGGCAAAAAUAUAUCUUAAACAAGAAGAAGUGGUGAAAGAACAAAAACAACAACAACAAAAAAACAUCAAAUGUGUGAGGUUUUAGGUGUAGCACUUGGAACUACUAGCCAACUGAUGCAAUACAUUUAUUAGUUAGAAGUACUAGAAUUGUUUGUUUGUUUGUUUUGGAAAUGUAUCUAUGAAAAACUAUUGUUAUUAGGCCUACAACAGCGUUCUUACAAGGUGCUUGAAGUGCUUGAUUUUGGCAUUUGGUAAUUUAAGUACUGGAAACACUUGAAAAUAGCCAUUUUUUUUUAUCUAACAGUGCUUAAAAAGUGCAAAAUCAGGAUUUUAGCAGUGCAGAGCAGCAGCUUUCAAAAGGUUUGAAAGUGACUGCUGCUGAACCUAUAGUCUUUUAUUGGGCCGCGGUUCAGUCACUAUUUCAUACUUGUUCUGUUGUCUGACAACAGAAACAGAAAAAAUACAUGAGAACAGCUAAAGUAAAUGAGAACAGCUUUAUUGGGAAUUUGGCUAUAAAGGGCUGACAUUAGGCAGAAGGAAAAUAUGAUGUAAUGAUGUAAUUAAUAUGCUAAUUAGCACAUGACAUCAUCUAGAAACGUUUGGACACAGUGCUCCUGUCACUCACUUGGAGUAUUUUAACAUUAUAGUGAAGAUGAAGCAAUGCCUGGGAAAUUCAAAUUUAGUCCAUCACAGCUGGGAAAAGGAGCUAUAUUAAAAUUGGCUGUGUUUAUUAUUAUUAUUAUUAUUAUUAUUAUUAUUAUUAUUAUUAUUAUUAUUAUUAUUAUUAUUAAUAUUUUUUGGAAUUUUAAAAAGAAGAAAUAAGGAAUGUUUGAAUGACAUCUCUUGUAUAGUCCAUGAAAACAAAAGCAUAAACAGUACUUGAAAAGUCCUUGAAAAUCCUGGCAUUUCAUUAUGAAGCAUCUGUACGGACUCUGCUACUAUGUACUAUGUGAUUGAUGUAUUAAACAUGACCCCUUGAUUUCUGUGUUUAGCAUAGUUAUACCUUGGAUUGAGUUUAAAAUAAUAGCUAGAUUUUCUGGUAGAGUGAUGCUGAUUAAGAUUCUCUGACAAAUAUUAUUCAGUAGAUAGAGUAUAUUCAGUAGUCUUUCUGGGAAAGUGAGAAUUUCUAGGUUAACAUAAAAGAAAAUAAAACACUCAAAUUAUCCUGGUUGUAAGAACUGCUCAUUCAGCUGUACACCUUUACAAUUUUCACUGCGGAUAUAUCAUGAGCUUUAUUGAAAGAAUAUAAUACUCCUAAUCCUCGUCACCUCCCAGCCAAUCAGUCAUCACAGUCUUGAUGAAAUUUGGUAUAGUUGGAAGCAUGUUUAAAACAUAGAAAGUGCUGAAAUCAUGUAAGAAUGAGGUUUUACUCACUGGCCUAAAUGUGUUCACUUUAAACUUUGUUCCUUCCCUUGAACACUUCCCAUGUUUGUAUAAUGAUGAUUUUCAGUACAGCACAUUACCAAUUAUUAAUGGGCUUUUAAUAUAUUUAUUUAUUUGUUUGUUUACUUAUGUGAGACAAUCAUGGGAUUUUGUAUUUAAUACAUGUUCUUUUUUAUGCUUUUACAUAAUUUUAUCUUAUUUGUCUCAUCCUUGUUCAUUCCCUUAAAUCAACAUUUCCCAUUGUUAGUAUCAGAAUCUUAUUUAACAUGCAACAUAUUCAAUAAUCUGUAAUGAAGACUCAAUAAAGAAAUUCUCAUUACACAGAGUAUCCAGAAUGUUUCUGAAACACUUCAGCCUAUGAUUAGCCAUAAAUUCGUGGGAGGACAUUGUAGCAGUCUCUGAGGAUUUCUUCUUAUCACACCACUGUAAAAACCCAAACCACUAAAUACUGGCUUCUUCUUUUAAUUUGAUUGUCAGUGCUCAACUCAAACCAACAACUGAAUCAUUACAAAUAUCAGGAAUGAUUGUGUUUGAAAUAAACCACUGAUUAUAUCCUA